CUAGAUAUCAUAUGAGAUCAAAUUAAAUUGCAAUUUGUUUAUAUUAUGCCAUAUUAUUCCAUAGGACUUGGGAGUUUACCCUUGAAGUUGCAAAAGAAAUGCUUAUCAGAUUCAGAGGCAAAGCUGUAGCUGUAUCGAAUCACAGUUCCAUAUUUCAUUGCAAUGGCUUUGGAGACUUCCUUUCCUCCUACAAUUUCGGAUCUCAGUAUCUCUACUCAUCAACCGCAACUCCUGCCCCGACCCAUUUCUUGGUGAAGUACCUUGUUGAUUCUCUCGGAUUCUCCAAUGAAGAAGCUGCCUCUAUUUCUUCCAAGGUAACUUCACGUAAACCCUCAAAGAAUCCUGAUUUAGUCAUCAAUUUCUUGAAACAAGCUGGUUUCGACAACACCCAGAUGAAAAAAAUGGUUUAUACAGUACCCAAAUUGCUAUUCCGUGAUGUUUCCAAAACCCUAAAACCCAAAUUCGAGUGCCUUAUGGAUCUCGGGUUAUCCGGGUCGGACCUGGUGAAUGUAAUUGCUAAAGAUGCACAAAUUAUUGAUAGAGGUUUAGAUACUCAUUUGAGACCUACCAUUGAUUGCCUUAGGAGAACUUUUGGUAGUGAUGAAAAUGUAGUUAAGGCGUUAAAGAGAGCUCCUUGGUUGCUUACUUUUCGUGCUCAUCAUAUUAUGGGCAUUAAUCUAUUGUUGUUGAGAAACUUUGGUUUUUCUGAUGAGAAAAUAAGAAAACUUGUGCUUUUCUAUCCUAAUUAUCUUACACAAAAGCCCGAGAGGAUUAAGGAUUUGUUGCAUAGACUGGAGAACGAUUUUCAAGUUCCACGUGAUUCCCCUAGUUUUCUUUAUGGAUUUCAUGUGUUGUCCUCGCAAAAGACAUCUGCUUUGGAUAGAAAAAUUGGAAUUUUCAAGAGUUUUGGAUGGUCUGAUAAUGAUAUACUCGAGAUGUUCCGGAAACUGCCUUUAUGUGUUGGCCUCUCAGAAGUUAGAAUUCAGGAAAAACUGAAUCUUUUCAUGACGGAGCUUGGUUUUGGACCUGCUUACUUGGUUUCUCAUCUUGCAAUUUUGGGCUUUAGUCUGGAAAAAAGGGUGUUACCUCGGAUGCAAGUCUUUAAAAUUUUGGAUGAAAAAAAGCUUGAGAGGAGAAAGUUGGAUUUGUAUCAUGCUCUGUGCUUAACAGAGACAAAGUUCAUAAAUUAUUUUGUGCUGCCCUACAAGGAUAUACCUGAUUUGUUUGAACAGCUCAAGAAAAUUGUGGCUCCUUAGUAGAUUUUGCUUAUUUUUGACACCAAGGGUGCUGAGAUCUUUCUCAAUUUUCAGUUGUAGUUCAACACAUUUUUUGCUUUUCUGUUUUUCAGUUUGUAUUCGAUCCUUGUUGCCAAAAAUAAUUUAUGGAGUUGGGGCAUAGUUUCUUGAAAGACCUUCCUCAUAUUUACUUCAUGCAAAAUCAAGCUUGCCGUUUGAAGCUGCUUGGUUUCAACAGAUCUUGAGUAUAGCUUAUUCCCUUUGGAGUUACCAGCAAGUUUGUUCCAUAAGACAGUAAGUCAAAAUACUUGUUCUGCUACAA